AUGUCAAACAAGACGAUAUUGCCUGAUGCCUCUGACAUUGUGUCGCCUAAGAAACUUGCUCACGUGGUCCUACGCACAAAUAACCUAAAGGCCAUGGCGCCUUUCUACGAGGUCUUUUUGGGUGGUCAAGCUACUUUCAAGAACGAUUAUGCUUGCUUUGUUACGUAUGAUGAAGAACAUCAUCGUGUUGCUAUCGUUCAACUACCAGACCUAGCCCAAAAGCUCCCAAAGUCUUGUGGCCUUGAUCUAAGUGACUCCCAUUUCCAUAUUGAAUUUACGUUUCAAAAUACCCACGAUCUAGCACAAGUGUAUACGCAGCGCAAGGCGCACGGCAUUAUCCCACUUUUGUGUGUGAAUCACGGGAUCACUAUGAGCAUGUAUUAUCGGGACCCGGAUGGUAAUGUGAUUGAGACAUUGGUCGAUUCUUUCAGCGAUCUUGAAAAACAAACUGCGUUCAUGAAUUCCCCAGAGUUCCUGCAAAACCCAGUUGGUGUAGAUUAUGAUCCUGAGAACCUAGUGAAGCGUCUAGCUGAUGGGGAAGCUGAGGAAAGCAUCUUGAAAAUGCCUGAUAUUGGACCAAGAGGACAAGACACAGUGCCAUUAUUCUAG